AACACUUAUUAACACUAUACUUACUCUCACUACUCUUUUUCUUCUUAAAGAAUUUUCACCGCCGCCCACAAAUCACAAUGUCGACAACCAUGUCUCAGAACUACAAUGUCUGCGUCUCCGCUUCGUUCGCCAUGGACAGUAACUCUUCUUCAACUUCCAACUUCUCCAUAGACCUGAAAGUUACGUCAAGUUAUGUUUCAGAUGCCACCGUUUCUGCGGACAAAUCCUACCGAACACGGAGAUUAUUCGACAGACAGAGCGAGAUCCAAAGCUCGUGUGCCGAGAAAUCUUUUCUCAUUCCAUGCCGUUCUUUACUGUCGGAUGACGCUGGUUCUUUCUUCAGUAAGAUGAUCACUGACAUGAACGUACCCUUUUCUUUGGAUAAUCUUCAGUGGAAGACAAUUCCAAUUUAUGGCUCGGUUUCUUUAGCAAAUGAAGAUGAACUUAUCAGGAAGAUUAUCAGUUCUGUUCGUUCCGUGGUGACCUCAAAUUCGACUUCUGAUCAGAGGAACAAGUUGAAGUUUCUACUGAGUAUCGAAAAGAAGAUUGUAAUACCGCAUCAAGAAUAUCAGGCGAUGGCUAAUGCAAGAGAAAGGGAAUUAUUAGGACAACGUGUGUACGCAGCAGUUGGUCGGAUCAUUCGACGGCCAAUUCUUGGUAAUUUGAGGCGGCUUACAGAAGGUUCAGCUUAUAGGUCGAGUGAGUUGCUGAGAGCAAUAAGGGAAUCAUCAGAACAAGCAGAGUCCAAGCAAAUUCCGGCAUCUCAGUCAUCGAUUGAGGCAUUAGAGGAGGUGAUACGUGAUGGCAACGAUCUUACAACAAAAUGCUCAAUCUGUUUGGAAGAUCUGGUGAUUGGUUCUAGAGUCACUCGCAUGCCAUGCAAUCAUGAGUUCCAUAAGGCCUGCAUUCAAGCUUGGCUGGGUACCGCCCAUGCUUGUCCUUUGUGUCGUUCCAAAUUGCCAACUAUGUAGCAGAAUUCCUGUAUUUUUCUGCGCUUUUUAAGUUUAAAUUUUUGGAUCAAAAACAAGUUAUUCUUUUGCAUCUUUGAGAAAAGUAAACAUGUUUAGUGUGAUGUAACAAUAAAUAAACAUUCACAUUGUGCAA